AUGGACUACAACGACUCCCACGCUCUGCUCUCCAGAGAGCACCUCAUCUACGUCAUCACGGUGCCACUGUCAGCUUCCAUCAUCUUGGCCAACCUCGUCAUCAUCUUGGGCAUCUCCUGGAACCGCCAGCUCCACAACACUCCCAACUACUUCUUCCUGAGCCUGUUAGUGGCGGACAUGUGUACGGGCGUGGCGCUGCCUUUUAUUCCGUUGAUGGGUCUGAACCGGGAGUUAAGUUUCAGCGCCUGUCUGGUGGCUCACGUGUUCCCAAACUUCCUCUUCUUGGCGUUCCUCUUCAACCUGGUGAUGGUCCACUAUGAACGCUACAUAUGCAUCGUCGACCCCCUGCAUUACAAUAACUUGUGGAUGCAUCGCAGUUUUCCGUUGGCGUUGCUCGUGGUGUGGGCACCACCACUUCUGUACGCAUCUCUUCCUGCUUUUGGGUGGAAUAACUGGACGGGGCCAGAUUGGAACGACUGCUGCGCAGGUAGCCAGGAGUUUGCAGCACAUUCAAACUGUUCGACAAACGGAACCGCCUGCUGCUCCUACAGACGGGUGUUCCCCAACGCGUUCAUCUACUUGGAGGUGUAUGGACUAGUCUUGCCUGCCAUCCUCACCAUCGCUGGCAUGACCGGACGCGUCUUGUGGAUCACCCGAGGCCAGCUGAAGGACAUCUGCCGCCUCCAUCGUUCGGUGGAGCGAGGAAGUCAGGCCUCAGACCGGGAGCAGAGGCUGAACCUGCGGUACACUCGCUGCGUGGUGGCGGUGUCGCUGACUUUCCUCGCCUGCUGGGUUCCCUACCUCAUUUACAUGCACGUCUGCAUCGCAGUGCUGAUCAGCGACACCAAGUGGAGCUCCACCACUCACAUUGUGCUGUCCUGCACCGGUAUCGGCAGCAUGGCUGUGGUGCCGCUGGUGCUCGGCCUGGCCAACAAACAGUACACAGAACCUGCAUACAAAGUUCUCCAGAAACUCAGAGACAGAUGGAGGCGAAGCACACGGGGAUCAGACGAGGCGGAAGUCUGA